AUGACCCGCAAAACUAAAAGAAAAAGCCAGAGGUUGAGUAGACGAAAAGACACCUUACUUAAGAAAGCACACGAGAUAGCAUUCUUCUGCGAUAUCGACGUAGCACUAGUCUUGCGUAUCCGUAAAACAGGCCGCCUUAUCAUGUAUAACUCUAUUGAUCUUGAGUCAUGGCCACCUUCCAAGGAGCAAAUCGUAAGUGCAACUUGACUAGCGUGGAGAGCUAUGCUAAAAGACCAACAGCAAUCUCAUUACCCGCUUCCCGUGAACUUGCUUCCACGAGAUAUUGAAGCCAAGUAUGGAAAGCCUACGAUGGCAACUUCAGGCGUAGACUAG